AUGACAACGCGUCGCCUGGCCCUGGCUGCCUCGGUGCUGGCUAUCUGCACGGUGCUCACCAGGGCCACUAACCCCGGCUUUGUGGCCAGAAUCACUGUUAAAGGCCUGGACUAUGCUCGUCAGGAGGGCAUCGCUGCCCUGCAGAAGGAAUUAGCCAAGCUGAAGCUGCCAGACUUCUCGGGGACCUUUAAAGUCAAGCUCUUAGGAAAGGUGCACUACACAUUCUACAGCCUGAACCUUCGCAGUUUCCAGUUGCCGAGUUCGCAGAUUGCCCCGAUCCCCAACGUGGGCCUGAAAGUCUCCAUCGCCAACGCCUUUGCCCAGCUGACGGGGAAGUGGAGGGUGAAGAAGAGAUUUAUCAGGGACAGUGGGUCAUUUGACCUGAAGGUCGAGGGUCUCUCUAUCUCUAUUGGUCUGAAGCUGGGCAGCGACGCCUCUGGGAGACCCACCGUUACCACCUCAGAGUGUGGAACCCACAUCUCCAACGUUCGGGUGCACAUUUCGGGCAGGUUUGGCUGGCUGUACAAUCUCUUUCACAAGAAGAUUGAGUCCAGCUUCAGGAGGACCAUGGAAGGCAAGGUCUGCGGAGCGGUGACCAGCUCUGUCACCACCAAGCUGCAGCCCUAUCUCCAGACUGUGCCAGUCACAGCAAAGAUAGACAAGGUGGCUGGGAUUGAUUACUCCCUGGUUGCACCUCCCGCGGCAACAGCCCAGUCUCUGGACUUGAAUCUGAAGGGUGAAUUUUUUUCCCUGGCCCAUCGCUCUGCCGUCCCCUUUCCUCCUCCUGCACUGGCCUUCCCGGUGGAUCAUGACCGCAUGGUUUACUGUGGGGCCUCCAGUUACUUCUUCAACACAGCCGGCUUUGUGUACCACACGGCCGGGGCCCUGCUCUUCGAGAUCACUGACGCCAUGAUUCCUAAGGAGUUUAAAUUCCAUUUGAACACCUCCACCUUUUCAGCCUUCAUUCCCCAGCUGGAAAAGAUGUACCCAGACAAGCUGAUGAAGCUCAGGAUUAAAACCUCUUCUGCUCCAUUCCUGACCAUCACGCCUGGGAACUUGUCGCUUACGCCUGUUGUGGAUAUCCAAGCAUAUGUUAUCCUACCCAACUCCUCCCUUGUCCCUGUCUUCCUCCUCAGCGUGACCAGCAGCGUUUCAGCCAAGAUUAUGGUGACCUCUGCCCGGAUAGGUGGGAGCCUGGAACUUGGCAGGCUGCAGCUGUCGCUGAAGCACUCGGACGUCGGCCCUUUCUCCGUGCAGCUGCUGCAGGCACUCAUGAACUUCUAUGGCUCAAGCAUCCUGAUCCCACGCAUCAACGCGAGACUCAAGGAGGGCUUCCCUCUCCCACUGCCGGCUCGCGUCCAGCUCUCCAACCUCGUCAUCCAGCCCCACCAGAACUUCCUGCUGUUUGGAGCAGACGUUCGUUACGUGUAGAGAGGCUGAGGACGAGACGCUGAAAGAAAUGACCGAUAUGAAAAGACAACGUUCCUCUUUCCCCUGAGCAGCACCUGGCCUUGUGAAUGGAUAGCAGGCUCCCGCCUUUCCUCUUUGCCUGUGCCGCACCCAUCCUCAUGCCCAGAGAGGGCUCCAGAUUCUCUCCUUCCCCCUGCAAUUCACUGCUACCAAAGCUGUUUGUCCAGGAGUAAAAAACAUGUGAUUUGUCUCCAAAGAAAUUCCUCCCCUGCCUGUCUCGGUCUAGAUCACUGGGCACUGGAUAGACAGAGGAGCAGCAUGUGCAUUUGAACAAAAAGAAAAACCAAGCAAACGAGCUUCCCUUCCACAGCCUUUGAUACUAGGAAACCAUUCUGGUAUGUGCUGCUCUCCAGCACCCAGGAACCGAUCCAGCUCCCAGGAAAGAUGCCCAUUGGCUGCACUGGGAGUUGGCCCCUGCCCUGAACCAGUCAAUGGAUUUAUUAACACACUUGGGGUGAAG